AAGCAAACAAAGAAGAAGGAAGAAGGCCAGAAAGGGAAAUCAACAAACCAAAUUACCUCAAAGAUAUUGUUAGCAAAUAGGGGGGGGGGGUGAGCUGGCAGCUGUGUAGUGGAUCGAGAUUCUUCUUGUCGGUAGGGUAGCGCAUUCUGUUGAGAAUUGUCUCCCUCGCAUUUGCAUUUUCGUUUUCCUCCAAGGCACCCAAGAUGCCAAAAUCCGUUAGAAAUAGUAGCAGAAAUUCCCUAUAUAUAUGAUUGAUGUAUUUUAAUGGAUAACAAUAAAUAAAAUCUCUUCUUCCUUACCUUGUUCUGGAGGUGCUUAGGCCUCGAAAGCUAAGACUCUUUUCUUGCUCAUAACAACUUGGUGCUUUCAUUGAGAACAUCAAUGGUUGCCUUUGCUUCUUCCACGUCCACUACAGACCACAUUGAGGCCGCCAUCGUAGAACUCACCUUCGAUCAAACCAUGUCCACCAAACUGGACGAAUUUCUUCAGAGGUUGACCCUUCUUGAAAUCUACUAUCAGUUUUCCUAUGUGUUUCACUCCCAACCUCCUUCAACCCCUUCAUUUGAGAAAACCGUCGUCAGCACAGUUCCUCAGUCGAGUACCGAAGAGGGAGCCACAGAGUUCGAACCGAGCUUCGUUUGCUUAGACAAAAAGGUACCAAGCUUCAUGGAAGAGUUGCUGAACUUGAUUUCUAGUCAAGGGACGGUUGUGGAAAAUCAAACCAUGGAGUCGGAAGUUCAUGGUGAAGAUGGUUCCAAAUUUGCACUGGGAAGCAAUGAGAAAUCAGUGUUUGGACGAGGUUGCGAAUUCAGCAACUACAAUGGCACAGUGUCUCGUCACCAAGUGUCCCAUGUGCCAUCCUCCAUCUUCAACCAGCUCGGGCACGCUUGUACCGUUGUUUCCCUUGACAACCUCUUAAGUGUUGUUGUUCAUUAUGGUUAUGCAGCGGCUUUGCAUGACAUGCUUUUGGACCAUAGAGAUAUGACACUGUUUGAGAGGGGAGUUGAGUCCUAUGGGUCUGCCAUGGUCGUAAGCAAGCGCCGACUAGCUGUUUUUGUGCUAUGGACGGCUGCUAAACCAAGUGAGUUGCGCCGGGACAAACCUUGGGAUCUUGGAGGAUCUGGGCAAACUCGUAACACCUUGAGGACAAGGUGUUUUUGGAAGAUCCAAGGAAUGUUAUGAUCAGAAGCAAGGAGCAACAAGGCCCUAAAUCAGAAGAAGCGAACCCAAACAGAAAUGCAGAAGCAAACAAAGAAGAAGGAAGAAGGCCAAAAAGGGAAAUCAGCAAACCAAAUUACCUCAAAGAUUUCGUUAACAAAUAGGGGGGUGAGCUGGCUGCUGAGUAGUGGAUCGAGAUUCUUCCUGUCGGCAGGGUAACGCAUUCCGUUGAGAAUUGUCUCCCUCGCAUUUGCAUUUUCGUUUUCCUCCAAGGCACACAAGAUGUCAAAAUCCAUUAGAAAUAGUAGUA